GUGUGGCGCCGGGGUCAGAGCAGACAUGACGGCCCUCGAGCGCUACGCCCAAGCACUGGCAGACGAGCCGGGAGGUCCUCUAGAGGAGACCUCCUCGAUGCAAUUUCCCAUGUACACCGUGGCCGUGAAGGACUUGCUGGAGAUGGGUGAGAUCGAUCCCCACGAGGUGUUGAAGGAGAAGGGUCUGCUCGUGGAGUUCGAAGAACCCCUUGGCAAGGCUGUCUUUGUCUCGCACCAGUGGGUCGGCAACCAACAUCCAGACCCAGAGUUCAAGCAGAUGCGAGUUCUUCAGGAGGCGCUGAAGCGUAUGACUUCAGAUCUAUCGCACAUCUCCCUUGAUCUGAACACCGAAGCCAUGGUACCUGGCGCGAAGCCGCUGGACACUCGAGAGCUCCGCGAGAACGCCAUCUUCGUGUGGUAUGACUACUUCUCUUGCCCGCAGUUGGAUCACCAAACACGUCGGGCAUUGACAAAGGGCUUGGCGCACGAGCUGAACAGUGAGCUUGGCAAUGCAAUUGAGAGCAUUCCGGCCUACAUCGCCCGACGCGUUCGGGUCCGAGCCGUGCAGCCAUCGCGCCGCAUACAGGCUCCCCGCGGUGGCACCGAAGACAGCGCUCUCUGCGCUCCGCUGCUCGCAAGUCUUUUCGUGGCGGUCGCCGGCUUUCUGCUGUGCAGCGACGCCGACUUGCGGAGCAUCAUUCGGCUUGCCCGUCUCUACGAUCUGCACUUGGAUACCCACCUGGCAUGGGCCGUGGCGGACGUAAGUCUGCAGGAUGGGCCGAAGGCGGAGGACAACCCGAAGCCGAACCUCGCCUUCCCCUCGUAUGCUUCGGUCUCCUUGCCCAAGAGACAACAAGAUGCUCCAGUUUUGGUGGUGGAUGCGGACGAUACAAUGGUUCCCUCGGUACAAAAUGCCGUGAAUCACGCCCGCAAGGCCGAGUUGCGAGUCUCGAAAUUGCGCAAAUCCAUCAAGGUUUGCCAGGACAAGUGGGAUUUGUUCGAAAGCCAGGCCAAAGAGAACUUCCGUCGAGAGCGGCUGAAGUUUAUGCAAGAGCAGAAGAAGCGCGAAAAGGAAUUGGCCGAGGCUGUCGAUGCCCAAGACAUCGCGAGGGAGGCCAUCCGCCAAGCCCUCGCACGCGACCAGAACAUGGAAGCAGCUGCUGCUUCGGAUCUUCCGUCGGUGGACUCAGUGUUCGAGGAUUGGGCUCGAGAGGACGAUGCGACCUUUCAGCAGGUCUUGCAUCGUGCUGUGGCUUCAGCUCCAGCGCGCACUCCUCAGCGAAGCACGGGCGUGAUGCCCAUGUCACCGCCGCCCAGACUCUCUACGACACCGGGACCUGUUUCAUCGGCACCUGGAGUUACUCAGGACCCGUAUCACGAGGCCACGAGUAUUGCGGCUGCCCCUCCGGGUUUGGAUAUGUCAGCUCAUCCAGGGAUGAGCCCGGUGGUUCUGGGACAGAACCCCAAGCCGCCCCUUCAUGUCAGGCAAGAUGUCAAAACCGCCUGCGCUUCAGGCAUCCUGUGGCUUGCCUCUGUCCUCCUAUGCCUAUACCCCGGAGGGAUUGCGACCCUGUGUCUGAUGAUGUGUGCUGGACGCGCGCACGGCCGGCGGGCGAAUUGGGCUCUAGCCGGUCUGGGCUGCGUGUGUUGCAUUCAUGAAUGUGGAGUGCUUGCCGUGCAGGUGCACAUGCCAGGGAAUGUGCUGUCCCCAGGUCCUGAAGUUACAGGCGGGCGCGAUACCCCUGUCUCUGCCCUCUCGCGCCCUGUCGCCACCCCCUGCAGAGCUCAUUUUAGGGCCGCUGCUCCUUCCAACAUUGGGGCCGUCCCCUGCGAGGUAUUUAACCUAGCUGAUGACUCCAGUUCCGAAGGCGAGGAGGAUACCUUCCCACUUGAUUCACUCCACACCUUGCUGGACUGUUCCGUUCACGAUCCUGCCUGCCAGGCGUUCUACCUGACUGCUACCCUUGUUGAGACGUUGUUCGAGCAUUUCUACGGCCAUCCAGGAGUUCUCGGCGGACCUGUGCCUCAGCAGAACGCCCAUGACGCCGUUGCUUUGCAGUUGGACAGCUUGCUCCCUGUCAGUGUGAGCCACACUGCGGCGCCGGAAGGUCACACAGCCUCGGAGGCUGAGGUCUACUGCCUAGAAGACAGACAGUGUUUGCUGCCAUGCUCUAUGGAUCAGUUGCAUGAAUUGCUGAAACCGGUUUGCUUUUGCAACCUCCUUGGACCACCCGGAGAUGUGCCCCGUCCAGGCCGAUUCUCCAGAUGGCUUGAUGCCGGGUUUGUGGGUCGCUCACCUGAACCGGAAGAGGUGCUUGUUCUUACCUCCGAUGGCUCCUUCUCUGCUGCCUCCGGUGCGGCCGGAUGGGCGGUCACUCUAAGCCUGGUGCCGCCAGAGAGCCUGAGGUUGCCUGGCACUUUCAUCGGCUGCUUCUUUGGGCCGCUUGCUGGGGUCGCCAGUCCAGAUGGUGUCGGUCCCCACCCUCCCUUUGACGGGCCAUUUGAUGCGUAUCUAGCUGAGGUUGGCGGCCUCAUGCAGGCUGCUUUAGCAGUGUUGCGGCUACCAUUCCGAGGUCAGGUUGUUUUCCGGGCCGACGGCAUAUCUGCGCUUCAGGGGGCUGCGGGUAAGGGCUCUUUCCGAGACCAUCCCCUAUGUGUCGUCGCACGCAACCUUUUCCUAGCCCUGCAAGGUCUCGGCCGGUGCACUCCUACAUUUCAGCAUGUUCCUGGGCACGCUGGGGAUUUUGCCAACGAGUUGUCCGACGGCCUUGCUGGCCUCGGCGCCACCGGCAGGAGUUCACUGUUCCCUUUUGGGGCCGACCUUGAUGCAAUAUUCCGUGACAAGGGGCAUGCGAGCUAUUGGAUCCCGCACCUUUGUAUUUCUCGGAGCCGUGGUUCCGAGCUUCCAGCUGUCCACAAGGACAGGUUGGCUUGGGAUAUGGAUAGUCCGAUGCGUACGCUUCCGGCAGCGGACGUGUUGCACCCCUUCCUGCGCUCACAACCGGCUGCGACAUCACACUGUUUGCCCGACCCCCAUGUGGUCGAGGUUGCGCUUAUUUCCUACAACGUCCUGUCACUCUUAGGCGUGUCACAGCAUGACAAUCGCCCUGGCUUGCAGGGAGCCAUCGGGCGGGUCAGCCUUCUUGCCCACUCCUUGGAGAGCAAAAACAUUCACCUUGCCGGUUUGCAGGAAUGUCGCACCCCGCGGGGCCGCUCUAGAUGCCGCCAGUACACAAGACUGGCGUCUGGCUGUGAUGACGGCUUCUGCUUCGGGGUCGAACUCUGGAUCUCUGAUGGGGGGCCUUUUCGAGCCUCAGAGGCAGUUGUUAUGCACUCCGACCCAACCGUGUUGCUAGUAGGUCUGCGCUUUAGAGGCUCCUCUGUUAGGGUUUUAGUUGGCCACGCCCCCCAUAGAGCCCAUCCAGAACCCGUGCGGCAGGCAUGGUGGCAGAGGGUAGGCAGCUUAUGCCGCGAAUUUGCGGGAAACGCAGCAUGGAUCCUUCUGAUGGACGGCAAUUGCAGAUUCGGAAGUGCUACCAGCCCCUCGGUCGGAUCGUGCAAUGCGGAUCCCGAGGACUUCUCCGGCAACUGGUGCCAUGCUCUCUUACAGGAACUCGAUGCUUGGAUACCUGCUACUUUCGACAGCUGUCAGCAAGGCCACGGUGGCACUCUUUGCUUGCAUCGCAAUGGUUCCUUUGUGCGAUCCGACUACGUGUGCAUCCCCUCCACUUGGCAGGGAACAUGUGCAGCCUGGGUUGAUCCGGGUAUCACGACUGGUCACUCUUGCGUUGACCAUCUAGCCACCGUAGUCCGGAUAAGCCUUACUCUCCAGGCUCGUCCCCCACGAGCAGCAAGCCAUGUACGCAUUGAUGCUUCUGCUAUUGCGCAGCCUCACAACGCUGAGGAGGUACGGCGGAUCAUUGCCUCUGCUCCUCGGCCACCCUGGCAUGUUGAUGUAAGCGAGCAUGCCGCAGCCAUUGUCGACCACCUGUAUCAAGGGCUUGCGGCUGCCUUCCCCAUGCGCAGAUCUCGCCUAAGGGAACAAUAUUUCUCCGAGGCAACCAGCGACCUGCACAGUGCAGUGGGCACACUUAGGCACAACAUUCGCACUAGGAAGGUUGCGCUGCGAUAUGCCCUCUUGCGGUGCGCGUUCCAAGCCUGGAACAGCGCAGAUUUAACGUUCGCCGAACUUUACUGUGGUCGGUGGCUACGGCAGCUUCGUCAUCGUCUUGCCCUCUCUUGCAUGCUAUUGCAUCGAGCCGGGCGUGACUUACGCAGGCAAUGUCGGCUCGAUCGCUCAGCUUUCUUCAGUGAGGUUGCGAGCGAUAUUGCGUCUCGCCCUCCCGGAGAACUGCACCAUGCGGUUAAGCGGGUGCUGAAGCCUAAGCGUUUCCGCCGUGGUUCUGCGGAUCCCCUGCCGUUGCUCUACAAGGAAGAUGGCACAGUGUGCCGUUCAUACGAUGAGGUACAGCAGGCUUGGAGGCAUCAUUUCAGCACGCUCGAAGAUGGGGAGACCGUGCCGGCUUCUGGAUUGGUGUCUUCAUGCUGGAGGUGGCACGAUGGCUUUUCAGGCACCGACACCAUUGAUUUGGCUCAGGCACCUACCCCUCUUUCCUUGGAGCAAGCCUUUAGGCACACCGCAGCUGGCAAGGCUUGCGGUCCCGAUCUGAUUCCACCUUCGCUGUGUCAUCAUUUCAGUUCCGACAUGUCCCUCCUCUUUUGGCCUAUGGCACUUAAAACCAUCCUGCGAGCAACUGAGGCAGUCGGGCUUAAAGGUGGGCUCUUGCACCAUAUACCCAAGCCGACAGCUGCACUUCACAAUCGCUGCUCCGGGCAUCGGGGUAUCCUAGUGCAAUCUUGCAUUGCCAAGGCAUUGCAUCGCUCCAUGCGCGCCUUGGCAGUUGAACAAUGGAUUCCUCAUGCGUUGCCUAUGCAACUUGGAGGGAGGCGAGGUUGUGCUGCCAGCUUUGGACAUUUUUGCUCUCGCGCUUUCCUUUCGGAUACGCGCAGCAGUGGUUUCAGCGCGGGAAUUCUCUUUGUCGACCUUGCUGCCGCUUACUAUAGCGUCAUGCGAGAAACAGUGCUAGGCAGUGGCCUAGGAGACAGGUCCGUUGAGAGUAUCGCCGCCUCCCUGCACCUCACCAGGGAUGAUCUCCAGUUGCUGAGCUCGCAUAUCGCACAGCACCCCGUUUUGCUUGAGCAGCAGGCACGGCCGCUCUUCUUGGAGUUGGCCCGUGAGCUCCAUAGUCAUACGUGGUUUGUCAUGGCGGGCGACACAGCCAUCGUUCGGACCCACCGGGGCACUCGCCCUGGUGGUGCAUUGGCUGACAUCGUGUUUAACAUUUUGUUUGGGCGGGUGCUCCAGCGACGUGAUCAAGCUGAUCUGGCCGGCACAUCUCCCUCCAUACCGUGGGACGGCCGUUACAUGCCCUUUGAGCCGUGUGGUCAGGCCGCGCCCGCCCUUUCUACCCAAGAUGUUGUCUUUGCGGACGACCUCGCAUCCUUCAUUGUCUCGCCACUUGCAGAUGGCAUGAGACAGGCGGUCAGCAAUGUGGCUGCGGCCACCCUCAAUGUCUUACCUCCCCACGGUUUGACUGCCAAUUUCGGCCCGACCAAGACAGCUGCAGUUCUGUCUGUUGUCGGAAAGGGGUCUCGAGCCGCAAGACGUGAAUUGUUCUCCACUAAGAACGGCCGUCUGCCUGUGUGGCCAGAACAUGCAGGGCCUGUGCUCCUGGAUUUAGUCACAUCCUACAAACAUCUAGGAUCCAUCCUCACUUGUGACGGUAGCCUUCUGAUGGAGGUCAAGCACAGGAUCGCAGUGGGCCGAUCUGCCUUCCGCGAAGGCCGCCAGCGCCUUUUUGCUUGUAAAGCGGUGCCAUUGGACCGCCGUGCAACAUUGUUUCGCUCGCACGUUCUGUCCGCCAUCCUUGCAGGAAGCGGAACGUGGCCUCUCCUCAACCCACGCGAAUGGGCUGCUUUCAGCGGGGGUAUAGUCGGCUUGUUCAGGCAGCUGCUUGGGUUGCGCGAAGAAAACUGGCGAGUCACGGAACUGCAGAUUGUUGCUCGCACAGGCUUGCCCGGACCAGUGUCUCUGAUCUCCGCGGAGCGACUGCGGUUCCUGGCCCUACUUGUCAGGUCAGGACCCGACCUCGCAUGGGCGCUCCUUCGCCGCUUUGGACCGUAUCUUGCGGCUCUGCGCCAGGCCUCUACCUGGUUGCUACAAGCCACACAUGGUUUGUCCCCGUUGGGACCCAUCGACGAUGAUUGGCACUCCUGGCACUGCAUGAUGAGGGAUUCGCCUGGCAGGUUUAAAGGUCUGAUAAAGCGAGCAGAGGCAUGGCACUGCGAAACCGCACGCACUUCUGCUGCAGUGGAGUCCUGUGCGCGUAGCGUAUGGCCCUCAGCACAUGUAGAGCGCAGGGCUGAGCUGUCCACAUAUACUCAUGCGUGCCUCCAGUGUAAGAUUGCUUUUCGGACCAGGCAGUCGUGGGGUGCCCACGCACACCGUCGCCAUUCUUACCAUCACCCGGCCCACGAUAUUGCCCAAGGCCGUCGCUGUCAGGCAUGCGGACUUUUAGUCGCGAAUGUCAAUAAGCUACGCUUACACCUAAAGCAUACGCCUCUUUGUCUCCAGAGGCUGCUUGACCCUGGCGAUGCGCUUCUCUUUCCGACUGAGCUGUCUCAGGCUCAUGCUCAGGCUCCUGCGGAACCGGGUACCGGUCCGAAAUUCUUCGGCCCUCUAUUGCCCGAAACCAGUCCUGAACUCCUGCGUACCCUUCGGGAGGCGACGCUUUGUACGGAUCAGGACAUCUUUGAUGUGGUUGCCACGCACAUUGCUCCGUUGCCUGUAUUGCGCAACACCCUGUUGGUAUGGCAGGCCUCCAUCUCUGAUGACGAGUUAAGUGAAGCCUGUGCGGAUGUCCUACUUGUUCUUCAUCCAGAGCAUGUAUGUGACAGCACUGCCGGGUGUGCCACCACUGCUUGUGAGCCACAUCGGGCGUUUAGCCCGGCAAUCAUCCCUUCGAUUUGGCGCCCUUGCCAGGGUGUUCUCCCGGUCGUGUGGGGCGGCCGGUUCCAGGUCGGCUGGGCUCGCCGAUGGGGGCUGUUGGACUUGCCGCCUGCUGAGAUUGGUCUCCCAGCCGGUUCGGCAUUUUGCCUCCCUCCUGCUUCUGGCUACUGUUUUCUCUUCCCGACGCCACCUGCUGGGGGUCACAGGAUACUCGACCCUGCUCCGUGCCCCGUUCGUGGUAUGCGUCUCUUCCGACUCUGGAUUGAGGAUGUGUGUAACUUAGUUGCGCAGGCAGCUCAACACGCCCUCAGAGGUGUUCCGGUCUGGAUUGGUUUCUCGUAUAGCUUCCAGGCCCUGCGCCCCCUAUCCGAAUGGUUGGUCGCACUUGGCGGAGGUUCACAAGCGCCAGAACACUGCUGUUUCACCUGCGAAUUCGAUUUCCUGCAGUAG